CCUAGAAGCUCUUGCUCAGGACAGCCUCUGGAGCCCCGCGCCCAUUAGCGCCUGCGCCGUCUCUAGGCCCCGCCCCGUCACCCCUGCGGCCCUGGAUCUCCCACAGCUAACAUGGCGGCCCCCUGUGUGUCCUACGGCGGAGCAGUUUCCUACUGGUUUCUUCUCUGGGGUAGGGGUACCCUCGUCCGGAAGCAAAGCCUCUGGAAAACCGCGGCAGCUGAGUUGCAAACAAAUGUCAGAUCCCAGAUAUUAAGGCUAAGACAUACUGCAGUUAGAACAACAAAGAAAAAUGUUCCCACCUCAAAACGUGAAACUUACACAGAGGAUUUUAUUAAAAAGCAGAUUGAAGAGUUCAACAUAGGAAAGAGACAUUUAGCCAACAUGAUGGGAGAAGAUCCAGAGACUUUCACUCAAGAAGAUAUUGAUAGAGCUAUUGCUUACCUUUUCCCAAGUGGUUUGUUUGAGAAACGAGCCAGGCCAAUAAUGAAGCAUCCUGAACAGAUUUUUCCAAAACAAAGAGCAAUCCAGUGGGGAGAAGAUGGCCGUCCAUUUCACUAUCUCUUCUAUACUGGCAAACAGUCAUACUAUUCAUUAAUGCAUGAUGUAUAUGGAAUGUUACUCAAUUUAGAAAAACAUCAAAGUCAGUUGCAAGCCAAAGAUCUGCUUCCAGAAAAAACUGAAACCAGAAACCUGAUUGGCAGCAGAUGGCUGAUUAAGGAGGAACUAGAAGAAAUGUUAGUGGAAAACCUGUCAGAUCAAGAUUAUGUGAAACUCAUUCAGCUGCUAGAAAAGUUAUUGACAUCGCGGUGCGGUGCUGCUGAGGAAGAAUUUGUGCAGAGGUUUCGAAGAAAUAUAGCUGUUGCAUCAAAAAAACAGCUGAUUCAACCUGUACAGUAUGACGAGCAAGGAAUGGCCUUUAGCAAAAGCGAAGGUAAAAGAAAGACUGCAAAAGCAGAAGCAAUUGUUUAUGAACAUGGAAGUGGGAGAAUAAAAGUAAAUGGAAUUGAUUACCAGCAUUACUUCCCCGUCACACAGGACAGAGAACAGCUGAUGUUCCCUUUCCACUUUGUGGACCGGCUGGGAAAGCACGAUGUGACCUGCACAGUCUCAGGGGGCGGGAGGUCGGCGCAGGCUGGAGCGAUACGAUUGGCAAUGGCAAAAGCUUUGUGCAGCUUUGUCACCAAGGACGAGGUCGAGUGGAUGAGACAAGCUGGACUCCUCACUACUGAUCCACGUGUGAGAGAACGGAAGAAGCCAGGCCAAGAGGGAUCCCGCAGAAAGUUUACCUGGAAGAAGCGCUAAGGGUUUGCUCCCAGGAAAGAAGAGGAAGAGCUGUGUAUGUGCGCUGGCACGUGGCAGACACAGAGGAAACAGUGACUGACCAGCAUGAGGGCAGUACUGUCAGAAAUUUCUUUGAGUUGUGAGAUGGAUUUAUUUUUAAAUGCUACUUUGUAAAGGUGACCUUUAAAAAAUAAAAGAAAAAGAAGAAUGUUAGU